AUUUUACAGGGAAGUUGACAGACUCUUACGGCCUGGAGGUUGCUUCUCCGUCAUCGCCGUGAACCAUCAUGACAUGCAAAUAGAAGACGACGUGGUCCGAGCUAUUAGAGAUAAGAUCUACUCAAUGCUUCCAAACAUGGAAGGGGUAGCCGAACAAGAAACUUUCUCAGAAUUCAAAGACCUUCGGUUGCCCUACACCAAGUCAGUCAAGUACCCAAUUGCUUAUAACACAGCUGAACAUACGGCCGAGAGUGCCCUUAAUUCUCUGUUGACCAUACACAACUUUACUGCCUUCAACCGCAGCCAUCAAGGAUUUCGCCAGGAGUUUUUGAAAAUGUUCACUGAGUGGCAAGAUGGAGACGCGAACAAGAAGUUUACAGUCCGCACCCCACUGCUACAAGCCAUCUCACAGAAGCCAGCAUAAGAGCAAGCGAAGCGGAGAAAAGGUCCCUGUCCAUGAGUUCAACUCCUGAAACUGGCUUGUUUUUGUCGCCUUCGUGUAAGCAUAGAUUGUGCGUUUUUUCAGUAUGUGUUAAAGACCGGAAUACACUUUUUAAAAACAGAUCUUUAAAUAAAAAAUUAUUUUCUUUCAAAAUAUUGUCAGUCUCGCCGUUUCCCACCAUAUUAAUUCCCUCCCCUCCCCCCUUUUUUGUUGAAAAGCAGUCUACUGCCAAAGAACAAACGAAUAAAACAACAAACGAUACCAAAAAAACCCCAAAACUACCAGAGACUGUUUGGAACCAUGGGAAGAGACAGAAAUAGAAGAAAUAAAACUCAGGGAGAGGAACGAUUCGCUUUUGCAGAUUCUAAUUUCUAAAUGACUUUGCUACUAAUUUAGGUAAACAUCGAAUGGCUGGUUACGAUUUGAUCAAAACCCAUGGUUCUCGUUAUGCUCGUGAAAUUUACAUGAUCCGAGCAACUUCAGACGCUCCCGAGGCGAAGAACGGAGACGCCACUCUGCUGUAAGCUGACAAAACACCUUUCUUCAUUUUAGGCGCCUUUAAAAAAUAUUCUAAAUCAAAAGCCUGAUCA